AAUAAAAAAUGAAACAAUUCAGAAAAUUUUAAAUUCAAUCCUGCUCAUCAAAGAAAAUUACGUAAAUAGUAUAUAUAUAUAUAUAUAUAUGUGUGUGUGUGUGUGUGUGUGUGUGUGUACAUAUACACAGAAAAUUUACAUGUGUAUCGUCCGAAAUAUAAACCUUAAAUUGUCUGUGUGGAGUUCACGCUAUGGCUUAAGUUAAACCUCUGCUAUGUGCAGAGUAAUUUGGCGCCAAUUCCCGGUCACAGAGUAGUUCCGUGAGAUUGAAUGGCGGUUUAUGAACUCCUUCCUUCAUUGCUGUAAUUAUUAUGGACUUGAGUCGUAUUGCCACAGCUCUGCGCCAUUGCGGCCGAGUUCAGGCAUUCAACCAUGGGAAAGCAUUUCAUUCUCAUUUGGUUAAAACUGGCUGCUUGAAUGACAUAUUCCUUGCUAACAAUUUGAUCUCCAUGUAUGUGGCAUUUCAUGAUUCCAAAGAUGCACGUAAGGUGUUCGAUGAAAUGCCUGACAAGAACGUCGUUACAUGGACGACCAUGGUCUCUGCAUAUAACGAUGUUGGAAGACAUGGUGAAGCUCUCGGAUUAUUCAACCACAUGUUGGAGUCCGAAUCCGGGACACCUAAUGGUUUUAUGUACUCUGCUGUGCUCAGAGCUUGUGGUCUUGUACGAGACCUUAAAUUUGGCAAAUUGAUUCAUAAAAGAAUAUCUGAUGAUAGGCUGGAGUCUGACAUUGUUUUGAUGAAUAGCCUUUUGGAUAUGUAUGUCAAAUGUGGGAGUUUGGGUGAUGCUAAGAAUGUGUUUGAUGGGAUUUUGUUUCCAAAUUCAACCACGUGGAAUACUAUCAUUUCAGGUUAUAGUAAAGCUGGUAUGAUGGAGGAUGCAGUGGAUCUAUUUAAUAGAAUGCCAAAACCAAAUGUUGUUUCUUGGAACAGCAUUAUUGCCGGUUUCACAGAUAAAGAAAGCCCAGAUGGUUCUGAAUUUGUAUGUAGGAUGCACCAAGAGGGCCUUAAACUUGAUGGAUUUACAUUCCCAUGUGUUCUAAAGACAUGCGGUCGUCAUGGUCUAUUAGCUUUUGGAAAACAGAUCCACUGUUAUGUUAUAAAGUCAGGUUUUGAAUAUGGAUGUUUUACUGUGUCAGCCCUGAUUGAUAUGUAUUCUGAUUGCAAUAAAUUGGUUGCAGCAGAAAAUCUGUUUGCUCAAUACUCUAGUUCCAUUUCUGAUAGCUUGGCAAUUUGGAAUUCUAUGCUUUCUGGCUAUGUCAUUAACGAACACAAUAGUGCAGCUCUGAAUAUAGUUUCUCAAGUUCAUCGGUCUGGUGCAUAUUUGGACUCCUACACUUUCAGUGGUGCUUUAAAAGCCUGCAUCAACUUACAAAGUUUGAGACUUGGGCUUCAAGUUCAUGGUCUGGCUGUCACUACUGGAUAUGAAUUAGAUGAUGUCAUUGGAAGCAUUCUUAUAGACUUUUAUGCACGAAUGGGGAGUAUUAAGGAUGCAAUGCGAUUGUUUCAUAGACUUCCAAAGAAAGACACUGUAGCUUGGUCAGGUUUGAUUGCUGGGUGUGCUAAAAUGGGACUACACUGGUUUGCUUUUUCACUGUUUAGAGACAUGGUUAAUUUGGAUAUUCGAGUAGAUCAAUUUGUCAUUUCAAGUAUUCUGAAAGCUUGCUCCAGUUUAACAUCUCUUAGAAGUGGCAAACAGAUCCAUGCUUUCUGUAUCAAGAGCGGAUAUGAAUAUGAGGGAGUUAUGCUAACAUCCCUAAUUGAUAUGUAUUCAAAAUGUGGUGAAAUUGAUGAUGGUUUGGCUUUGUUUGAGUGUACACCAGAACGCGACACUAUUUGUUGGACUGGAAUAAUUGUGGGUUGUGGGCAAAACGGAAGAGCAGAAGCAGCUAUUAAUUAUUUUCAUGAGAUGGUAAAAUCAGGACUGAAGCCAAAUGAAAUCACCUAUCUAGGUGUUCUUUCCGCCUGUAGACAUGCUGGUUUGGUUGAUGAGGCAUUGGCCAUAUUUAAUUCCAUGAAAACUGAAAAAGGGUUAGAAACUUAUGUAGAGCAUUAUAAUUGCAUGGUUGACCUUCUUGGUCAAGCUGGGCGUUUUGAAGAGGCAGAAAAGUUGAUUACUGCAAUGCCAUGUGAACCCAACCAAACCAUAUGGAGAUCCUUGCUUGGGGCCUGUCAAACUCACAAUAAUAUAGAACUGGUUAAUAUCAUUGAUAAAAAUCUUCUAGCAACCUUACCAGAAAACCCUUCCACCUAUGUGACACUUUCAAAUGUCUAUGCGGCACUCGGUAAGUGGGAUGAUUUAAGCAAAAUGAGAAAAUCUGUCAAAAAAGUGGGUGCUAAAGAAGCAGGAAAAAGUUGGAUUGAGAUUUCAAGUUGAGAAAUGUUGCUUUUUGAAGUAUAAGGCGCAGGUUAUGUCUUAAAAAGACUUGGACACUGAUAAUUUUAGGUCUCUGGAUAAUAGUAUCUAUCAAAGCUUGCAGCCAAGUAUCUACAGGCUACAUGAGGUCUUCUACAUUGUACUAAAACCAUGGUUUCUUUAAAGAUCUUGGGGAUUAAGAAUAUACAAGCCAAAGUGCCAGCUAUAUCCCAAGGGUUUACACAGGUUUCAUUAGUUUUUGUUCAGCAAUCAGCAUCAGUUUUCCACUGUCAUUUUUGGGUAACCUCAUCAUUCUCAGAUGGGAAUUGUAGGCAAGAAGAAAAAGCUACAAAAUGAAUUGAAGGCGAUGGGUGGUGCAAUAGAAGAUUGUGACAGUUCGUAGAAUAUGAGCAACCGAUAAUUUUCAGUAGUGCACAGUUUUCCUUACAUUUGACGUCUUAGACAACAAAAGAUGCCAUUCACAUGUGAACACUUAAAUUUGCAAACCCAGGAUGGGUUAUACAAAAAGGAACCAUGAAUAGCAUUUGAUAAGGUUAGUUAUGUCUCUCAAUCCCAGUUGCCAAGGUCCAUGGAGAGAAGAGAUAAGAUGGUCCUAGUAAUUAAACUUGGUCCGUCCCACUUGAGCCUGACCCAACGAGAUUGAAGAAACAAAAAGAACAUGGGUGGGUCCCACCAACUUCAGACAUCAGAACCCCACCUCCAUUGUCAGUGUUGGUGCAGAGAAACCAACCCCUUUUUUGCCAUGGAAGGACCUCCAAGACCCCCAGGCCAUCCACCACCACACUCUUAGCAGUUGGCUGUCUUGUGUCUUCAUUAAAAACUCUUUGUUACGCCAUGUUGCUUUCUUCAUCAAUCAUUUUCAGCUGCUCUGUUGUUCACUUCCCUUCCCUUUCUCAAUUCUCAUCAUGCACCAUGCAUGAGCUUCGCUUUGUCAAAUAUGGAUUCCCUCUUUUUUUCGCUGCUUUCCAUGACUCAAAACCCAAUAUUUGCAGCAUAAAAGCUACAAAAGAAACAUGAAAAGAAAUUCCUCGUUUUUGGUCUUUUUUAACUUUUCUCCCUUUUUGGCGCCAAUUUUACUCUUGCUAGGUACAAGUCAAGGUAGUGAACAAGUACCAAUAGCCUAAUACCAUUAUUUUUAGGCCAUGUGGUUUAAACUUUCUCCUUUGCACCGACUCCUGGACUCUCCUACAGCUACAGUUAUACGUAUAUUUGGGUGUAUAUAAUAUAUUAUUCCAAUAAUGGAUUACACUUUUUAAGCCCAUACUGGCUUGCUUAACUUUUAUUUUUAAUUUUUAUCAGAACCAAGGAAAUCCAAAUUAUAAGGCAAUGAGUACAAAAGAAGAGUCAAUAAUUAGUAAAACAAGGAUGAAAAUGUACCCACAAAUCAAGAAUGU